AACCAGCCCAGCGGGAAGCUAGGGUUCCUCCUCUGCGUUACCCAGGCACUGCUGCACUAAAGGUGACUCAGGAGGAAGCUCUCCUCUCCGGUCCUUCCUUGCUAAGCCAGCUCGCUCAUAUGGGAGAAAAUACAAGCUAAUUGCCGGAUGAUUAAUUCCAGCCAAUUAAAGUACCUUCAGUUUGAGGAAGCUCAGCCUCAGGGGACUCAGGGGGCCAAGGUACCAGUAGCCUGCGGGCACCGGAGGAUGCUGAACCGGAUGGUGGGUGGGCAGGAUGCCAUGGAGGGCGAAUGGCCCUGGCAGGUUAGCAUCCAGCGCAACGGAAGCCACUUCUGUGGGGGCAGCCUCAUCACCAAACAGUGGGUACUCACUGCAGCGCACUGCUUCUCCAACACCUCUGAAACUUCCCUGUACCGCGUGCUGCUGGGGGCAAGGCAGCUGCAGCAGCCAGGGCCACACGCCAUCUACGCCCGCGUGAAACGGGUGGAGAGCAAUCCUCUGUACCAGGGCAUGGCCUCCAGUGCAGACGUGGCCCUGGUGGAGCUCGAGGCACCAGUGAUCUUCACCAACUACAUCCUCCCUGUGUGCGUGCCUGACCCCUCAGUCACGUUUGAGACGAACAUGAACUGCUGGGUUACUGGCUGGGGCAGCCCUAGUGAGCAAGACCGCCUGCCCAACCCACGGAUCCUGCAGAAACUUGCUGUCCCCAUCAUAGACACACCCAAGUGCAACCUGCUCUACAGCACAGAUACAGAGUCCGGCUUCCAGCCCAAAGCCAUCAAGGAUGACAUGCUCUGUGCAGGCUUUGCAGAGGGCAAGAAGGAUGCCUGUAAGGGUGACUCUGGGGGCCCCCUGGUGUGCCUAGUGAACCAGGCAUGGGUACAAGCUGGUGUCAUCAGCUGGGGUGAGGGCUGUGCCCGCCGGAACCGCCCUGGUGUCUACAUCCGGGUCACUUCACACCACAAUUGGAUCCAUCGCAUCAUCCCUGACCUGAGGUUCCAGUCAGGCAGGGCAGGUGGCCACUAGU